GGACGAGGUGCCCGCCAUUACCGCCCCGGCCCACCCCACCCUUCAGGAGACAGGGGUCCUGCGAGCACCGGGGGCGGAGGGUUGUCCAAAAAUUGUCGUCGUCCACCCCACACCCGGGGCGGGAGCCGCGGGCCGUUGGGGACGUGGGUGGGGAAGCUUUGAGCGACGGACGCGGCUCCGUCCGAGGCGCAGGGAUGAGCGCGGCGCUGCCGAAGGUGCUGUGCUUGAAGAAGGGAGCAUUGCUAAAGCAGGUGUUUGCGCUCAGCAGAGCAGCAACACCCAGAGAAAGCUGUCUGUGUGCUGCAGGUGGUGCACUCGUGAGUUGCCACAGACACUACAGAGCCCGUCCUACACAUGGUAUUGGGAGGUUUAAACACCUGCUCCCAAAGGAGAUUCCAAAGAAGAAAAAGGAUAAAGUACAGAUGAAAGAGAUAAAUGUUGGGACUGAAUAUGAAUACGGAGAUGUCAACAUCUACAUGACUUCCUAUGAUAUGUGUCUCGUGGAGCAUUUUGCUCAGUAUGUGCAUAAACUCUGCAACCGACUCUCUGUUAAAGUGAAUGAAAGCUACGCGUUGCCUACCAAAACCAACGAAGUGCAGUUCUUGGAAGAGCGAGGUUCCAAACUGCAGCUGGAUGCCAUCCUUACUACCCAUCAGAGGGUUGUCCAGAUCAGCGGUUUGAGUUCAACAUUUGCUCCGAUACUCCUGGAAAUUAUUCAGAAUAAUCAGCCUGAAGGGGUCCAUCUGUUAGUGAAAGAGCACACAGAAGCUGAUUUCAAGAGCCGGUUAAAGUCUCGACCAGAACUUGAUGAGCUGUUAGCACAGAUGAACUGAGCUGAGGAAGAAUGCUCCAUCCAUUUCAGAGCCACCCCCAGGGAAUCGAGGCUUCUUGUCUAUGGCUGCUCAAGCCUCCAGGUGACAUUGUGAGCACUGUAUUGAUAAUUUGGUGAACAGGAAGAAAAUUUCCACUGUUGUCAAGCAGCUUGUCUUAAUAAAUACAUGGGUUUA